AUGGUCAAAGAAGUGCUUUUGAAGAAGCCAUGGGGUUCGUCUUUGGUUUUGCAGGAAUCUUUAGAAUCACAUGGCUAUAAGUUCUUACGCAUCGAUGGCACCACUAAAGCUAACGACAGAGUGAAGAUUGUUGAUGUUAAGAUUUUCAAGAAGAUCAUCUGUGUUUGCAGCAUUGAUAAUCAAAAUGUUGAUCGUGCGCAUCGAAUUGGCCAACGGAAAGAUGUCAUUGUCUAUAGAUUAAUAACGUGUGGAACAGUAGAAGAAAAGAUAUAUAGAAAGCAGAUAUACAAAGGAGGGUUGUUUAAAAUUGCUACUGAGGACAAGGAGCAGAUUCGGUACUUCAGUAGGCGGGACCUUGAGGAAUUAUUCAACCCUCCAAAGCAAGGAUUUGAUAUUUCGCUCACUCAACAACAAUUAAAUAAGGAGCACAACCACCAGCUCAAGAUGACAUCAAUUUAUAAUAUUUUCAUGUUCUAUUUAUCAUUAUUAAUUAUUCUUUAGUAACUAUUACUGUAUAAAUUGUGUUCAAACAUGAAGAUUAAAUA